UUAAUGGUCCGAUUUUUUUCAACCUCAAGAUGUGUUUCAGCAUUUAGACCAUUAGUUGAAUACCAGUUGAAAUGUGGUCUAGAACUUCAUACACAACUUAAGACUAAACAUAAGCUUUUCCUGUUAACUCCCACAUCAUUUAAUGCUGAUCCCAAUACAAAAGUAAGUUAUUUUGAUUGUGGAUUACCUGGCACUCAACCACGUUUGAACCCAGAAGCCCUUUUACUCGCAUUGAAGGCUGCAGUUGCAUUAGAUUGCCAAGUGCAGCCCCAUUCCAGAUUUGAUCGGAAACAUUAUUUCUACCCGGAUCAACCGUUAGGAUAUCAAAUCACUCAACAUCAUAAACCAAUUGCAUUUGGAGGUAGUCUUGAAUUGAAACAACCUUUUGAUGAUAUCAAGCAACAGAGUAAAACAAUUCAUAUCCAACAGAUCCAAAUCGAACAAGAUACAGGGAAAUCUAUAUAUGAUGCUGAUGGAACUGUAAGGGUAGAUCUUAACCGGGCAAAUACACCCUUAAUUGAAUUAGUCACUGAUCCUGAUUUUGAAGAUGUUCAUCAAGUGAAGGCAUUUAUCAAGAAAUACCAACUCCUUGUAAAGCAUUUGAAUAUUUGUACUGGUGAACUCGAUACUGGUGCCAUCAGAGUAGAUGUCAAUAUUAGUGUUAAUGGGAAUCUGAGAGUGGAAAUUAAAAAUUUAAGAAACACUACGGAUAUCGUUCAAGCAAUUGAAUAUGAGUACUUUAGACAAGUUGACUUAAUUAAACAACUGAAACCAAUUGAAUUGCAAACAAGAGGCUGGAAUGGUAUAGCUACAGUUCUUCAAAGAUCGAAGGAAAAUGCGGUUGACUAUAGAUAUUUCCCAGAUCUGGAAUUACCACAUAUCGAUUUAGAUCCUAAAAUUGUUGAAGAAAUAAGACAGGAAUUACCCAAGUUUCCUGAUGUAAUUGCAACUGAACUUAUUUCAAAACCAUAUAACUUAGAGUUAAAGCAUGCAAAGUUCUUAGUUGAAAACCAGGAUUUGCUCGGUUAUUAUAAAGAACUUGCUGCUACACUUAUCGAACGAGGUAUUCCUAUUAAAUUUGCCAGUAAUUGGCUAUUCAAUAAUGUAACCAAGGCAUUUAAAAAGUUGGAUUUAGAAAUAGAUCCUACAAUUGUCCCUCCACAGAAACUAGCAAACUUAAUUUCCUUUAUUGCCGAGAAAAAAGUUAACUCCAACACAGGUGACUCUAUACUUUCCAAGAUUAUUAAGAAUCCUGGCCUAAAAGUGGAGGAGUUGGUUAAGGAAGAAACUAUUCCAGAGGAAGACCUUUCAGCAGCAACUUUGGACUUGUGUAAGAAAAUUAUUCAACAAAAUCCAGACGUAGUUGAGAAAAUUAAAGGAGGUAAGGCUAAAUCCAUAAAGUUUUUAAUUGGUCUUGCAAUGAAACAAAGCAGAGGUAGAGCCAAUUCCAAAGAAUUAGAAGAAAAAUUUAAGAAUUUACUCGAGGUUUAA